CAAAUGUCUUGUACGCAUUCGUUCACGCAAGUAUGCGUAGGUAUGUAACUGUCUACAACUACCGAAGUAGCGGAGCCCUGGGCUCGUUGCAUAGGAUCUUGCUAGUUCGCCGGAAGCGCUGUUAAUUCCAUGUCCUUGCCUGUUUGCUUCCCAUCCAUGGAUCUUACCUAUUCAGGUAUCCCGUUGAUGCUGAGAUCAAAUGGACCCACCUCAGCGGUCCCUGCGCAGGUUCAGAUGUUCAGCCAAUAAAAAUCCAAGCGAAUUGGAGUACAUCGUGUUGAAUAACUGAUAAGAUAAAGCUCGACCUCAAUUUUCUUCUUGUCCGCACCGCGUCAUGAUGUCCAGCAACGAAGCCUUCAGAAAACUACCAAUGUCGUGAUGAACGGGCAAACGGCCAAGGACCCCGGUAGGGGCCCGGAGGGGAAGAAACGGAAAGACCCGACCGCGACCAGCAAUGGUUCCAAGGGCCAGGGCAAAGACGGCAAAGAUGGACGCGCUCAGAAGCGUGCCAAAUUUCGAGAUGCGCGGGCCAUACGGACUCAACCUUCAGACGCCGCUUUGAAAGACGGCGAGCUGGACCUGCAAGCAUUCCUCAGUGCUCGCGAGUUUGAGAUCAAGGCCCUCGAGAACAGCAUGCGAAAGACCAAGGCUGCCAGCGCCUCGAGAGCCUUCCAGAAAGUCCCACGGGCCAUGAGGAGGAGGACUGCGAGCCACAACGCCAACAGAGUGCCCAAGAGAUUACGGGCAAGGGCUAGAAGGGAACAGGCCGAGGACAAUACCCCAACAGUCGAUGCUAGGAAGAGGAGGUCACGCACAACCCGAGCUAGAAUUCGGUCUGAGACGGCGAAAAGGCUGGGAAUACUCGCGGAAAAGAAACGGAAGUGGAAACUGAAGGCAGCUUCUCAAAAGAAGGCCGCCGCCACCGCCGAUGGAAGCGCCGGUUUGGAGGGGCAGGUCAUUCACACAAGGCCUGCGAGGCCCAAGAUACGGCGAAACAGACUCAAUGACCCCCAAAAACCAAAGUCAAAGUUUAGGAAGCGCCAGAUCCACAAGACAUGGCUGCCUACACACCUGUGGCACGCCAAGAGGGCGAGGAUGACCGAGCCGAAGAACCCGCUUUGGAGAUUUGCAAUACCCCUGACCCCGACAGAGAAGUGCUACCGGCCUACUCACCGAGCCUCGGGUGAGAAAGGCGCCGUCAUCUGGGAUAUGAGUUACAUGAGUACCAUCGGGCUGUAUGGCUCUGCAGAGGGCAUCGAACGAGUCCUGAAGGCGCUUGGGCUUACCCAAGAGAGCAUAUGGGGUCCCAGAGGGUGGAAAUGGCGGGCUGGCUGCAAGAAGUGGUCCGGAAUACUCAGCAAGGAAAGGAAAGGGGGUCGAAGAGAUAUCGGCCCUGCAGCCAUAAUAUGGAACCCAGAAAUGAGGUUUGAGCACGCCGCAGCAGGAGACCCAGCUCCUGCCAAGCAGGGUCAGAGGCAGCUCUUUAUCCGCGUCCAUCCCUCAUGCUUUCUCGAACUGUUCAACGAACUCGUCAAGUUGGUCAAAAUGCACACACCUCAGCUUUACGUCGAGGAUCUCCGUUUUGAGAUUGGCUGCGUUGAACUCACCGGCCCCGGUUCAACUGAAGCGCUGCUAGCGACCCUACACCCGUAUCAUCGCAAAGCUUGGGCCGAAGAGCGACAUGCAACUGUCUUCAAAUCACUUAUCGGAGUGACAAAUCCGGCCUCAUUGCCGGCUGAUUCUCUCCUGGCAUUUUCAAUCCUGGAUCCUCGGUUGCGAUAUCCGCCAAAGCAGAUGAAGCAGGAAACAGCAGGAAACGGAGAUAUCACCCUUCUGGAGACAUUGGCGAAGUGGCCAGUAGGGGACACCACUAAGCAGUUUGGACUCAUGGACAGAAAUGCCCGUUUUGAGGCUGGGAGGCUGCCAUCGCAGCAAUCUAUAAAUCGCCGAAAAGGGUCUGGGCUCCCCGGUGAGACAAUGGAAGCGACUGCCGCAGAUCCUCCGAUCCCGGUUAUCUUACUGGUGUCGCGCCCGCCCGCGGGGGGACAGGUGCAAGGAACGUGGACCCUGCUCGCACCGUGGAAGUGCAUACAGCCCAUUUGGUACAGUUUGGUACAUUAUCCUCUCUCAACCGGCGGCAAUCCUCGCGUCGGCGGGCUCAAUGAGCUCAGACAGGUUGCCUUUGAGCAAGCCACCCCCUGGUUCCCCGGCGACUUCCCUGGAACCGACGCAGGCGCAGAAUGGGAGCUCGAACAGAGGGCAAAGAGGAAAUCGGAAUGGGACCGUCGACCAAAGAGCAAGAGGGUGGAAUGGAAAUCACUCGACUUGGGUGCCGCACGAAAAGGCGAGGUGGGAGACGGUUUCGCGUGUGAUUGGGAGCAUCUCUUCGGUCUCGAGAUGGACGUACCCCAUGCCACGGCCGAUGCGGACGAGUCACGUAUGGACGAUACGGCCAAUAUGGAUAUUGACACAACCGAGCCACCCGCAAGCAGCAAAAGUAAGGAAGCUCAGAUCGGCAAGUCGCAAGAAAUACUGGCCUUGGUGAACCAACUAUCCAAGUCGGCCUUUACCGCUCUCGUCGCGCCAUCGGCCAUAGGAAAUCCCCCGCCAUUCUCUAUCCUACCCGUCAAUCUUGCUUUCGUCUCCAAGGGCGUGGCGACUACCUGUGCGAGAAUUUAUCGUCUCCCCAACCACUCUCACCUCACCGUCCUUCCGUCUACCCUUGCCGAGGUGCCCUCGACGCAGCUGCCGUUGAGUAGUAGUCAGACGCCUCUACCGACGGACAUCAGGGAUCAAUGGCUCUCCAAGCUCCCAUCAAAGUCCAAGGGUGGGAAUUCGGCGUCUGCCAACAGGAACGGAACGGGCAAACGGAUCCCGCCGCCGCCCCGAAUCCCGCCAGGGGCUGACAUGGCAACGCGGAAGCGUCUCGUUGCGGAGUCGCUUCUCGGCACACAACUACCCUACCCGAGACCACGGGCAAACCAGACGGAUGUUGGGGGCCAUCCUCUGUGCCCGGAUGAGGAAGACUUGAUCGGUUUUGUGACCGCGGGGGCGUUCAGUCUAAGCGAGGGGAAGGGGACGGCUAUCGGAAGUAUCUCUGCCGAGAAGGCAUUGGAGGCCUUGACCGUGGCCGGCAAUAGUAGGGAGGGCCGGCUUUGUGUUAUCAGAAAUGCUGGGGAGAGCGUCGGAUGGUUGGCGCGUUGGGAACUUGUCUGACCGACGCUUUCCUUUUUGAUGCAAUGUAUAUCCUAUGGAUGUGGGGAAUACACAAACUAUUUCACC